AUGCCAACUUUGAUUUCAUCUAGGUUUCUUUUGUUUGUUGGGGAGUCUCUCCAUUUGAAAAGGGCUUUGACCAAUUCUAGGUCUGUUUUAUUUCACACUAGUGUCAAGUGUAUGAGCCAGGGGGAACCUAAUCAUGGUUCCCUCACCCUCUCUAGCAUAGGUUUUCAAACUGAAACUGAACCCGGGAACAGAAGCACUUCUAAUAAGGUUAAGCCAUUGGGUUCACCCUCUGAGAAUAUAAAGAGCAAAGGAAAGCCCUUUGACAUUAAUGAGAAGAAGAAGAAAGCUGUUAGAGUUGUAGAAAAACAGCAAAUAGAGUCUGCCCCUUUUGCUGCAAAGUCAUUUUCAGAACUUGGCCUCCCACAUGUGUUGAUUGAAAGGCUAGAGAAGGAGGGUUUUACUGUUCCGACUGAAGUUCAGUCUGCUGCAGUUCCCACCAUUCUAAACAAGCAUGAUGUCAUAAUUCAGUCUUACACAGGUUCAGGUAAGACGCUAGUCUAUCUGCUUCCUAUUCUCUCGGUUGUUGGGCCACUGAGGGGGCAAGUUCCCCAAGGCAAUGAUGAUGGUGGUGAGAAUGGGAAGAAAUUGGGAAUUGAAGCAGUGAUUGUUGCUCCUUCUAGGGAGCUUGGAAUGCAGAUAGUGAGGGAGUUUGAGAAGGUGCUGGGAAUGAAUAACAAGAGAGUGGUUCAGCAGCUUGUUGGGGGUGCCAACCGAAUCAGGCAGGAAGAAGCUUUGAAGAAAAAUAAACCUGCAAUUGUUAUUGGCACACCUGGUAGGAUAGCAGAGCUAAGUUCAUCUGGGAAACUUCGCACUCAUGGAUGUCGAUAUUUGGUAUUAGAUGAAGUUGACGAACUCUUGUCAUUCAAUUUCCGGGAAGACAUGCACCGGAUAUUGGAGCAUGUAGGGAGGAGAUCAAGUGCAGACCCAAACUCAAGUUCUGGAAAGACUGAGCGUCAGUUAAUCAUGGUGUCUGCAACUGUGCCCUUUUCUGUUGUAAGGGCAGCAAGGAGCUGGGGUUGUGACCCACUUCUUGUUCAAGCCAAGAAAGUUGUCCCGCUUGAAACUCAAUCUUCCCCUGAGCCUGUCAGUUUAUCUCGGCCCUCGUCCAGCUUAAGUCCUAACUCAGCCAUGCCAUCUCAGGCAGCAGUAGAGAGUCUACCUCCUGCGCUGAAACACUAUUACUGUGUAACAAGGUUGCAGCACAAAGUUGAUAUGUUGAGAAGGUGUAUUCAUGCACUGGAUGCCAAAUUUGUGAUAGCUUUCAUGAACCACACUAAACAGCUAAAGGAUGUUGUCUUCAAGCUGGAGGCCCGAGGGAUGAAAGCCAUGGAAUUACAUGGGGAUCUAGGGAAGCUUGCGAGGUCAACAACCCUGAAGAAAUUCAAGAACGGUGAGGUGAGAGUUCUGGUGACAAAUGAAUUAUCAGCAAGGGGUUUGGAUGUAGCAGAAUGUGAUCUUGUGGUUAAUCUGGACUUACCAACAGAUUCAAUUCAUUAUGCCCACCGAGCUGGCCGAACUGGUCGGCUUGGUAGGAAUGGUACAGUGCUAACGAUAUGUGAAGAGCCAGAAGUGUUUGUUGUGAAGAAAUUGCAGAAGCAGCUGGGAAUACCAAUUGCUCCAUGUGAUUUUUCAGAGGGGAAACUACUUGUCACUGAAGAAAAGAAAGCAGUAAGCACUUCUAGAAGUUGA